AUGGGCCGUUCAUUCUUUUGGACAUUACUUCUAUCCACGCUGCCGUGGAUGACCCUAUUCUGGGUACUAAGAAUACUGUUUGAUAGCACGUCCUUUAUUAUCCUCUUAAUCGUGAGCCUCGUGAUUGCUCUGGUAUACCAGUGCCAUAUUUACCCUGUGUAUACCAGCCCGUUUCGAUCACUAUCCACCCCCCAGUCCCGAAGCUAUUGGCUCGGUAAUCAUUCCUGGCCCGUCAGACUGAUCGGGCGAGAGCUUCCCCGGCUUUGCACGGAAUCCCUCGGCAAGCAUCUCGUCCGGUACUAUACAUUUUUCAGCGUGGAGUUGAUCUUUGUCCUAAGCCCAGAAGCCAUCUCCGAGCUGUGCCUUCAGAAGUCCGGUGACUUUUCCCACUCGGGAACAAUCGAGCUCCUAGCAGAAGCCGGACUUGGGUACUCUGGUCUCCUUGCAGCGAGAGGACAAGCACAUAAAGGCCUCCGCAAACUGUUUUCACCGGUCUUUACUCCGGGAACUUUGGUCACCAUCUCCCACCCCUUGUGGGAAAGCUGUCUAGCAAUGGUUCGACAAAUCGACCAACGGACAACGACCAUACAGAUUGGCCAAUGGACGUCUCGGUCCGUUCUAGAGCUCUCCGGCAUUUGCGUGUUUGGCCAGGAACGAGAUUGGCUCGCCCGGUACCCAGGGUUUCUUGAAAGUUUGGAGCGUCGAGUAGCAACGGGACAAAUCAAGAAAAUCGUUCUGUCCACCUUUCCCCGAGCUAUUCGCUCCCUUCUGAUGCUGACCCUAUUCGGUCGGAAAGAGUUGGCUGACCUACGUUAUGUGGAAACUGUUGCGCGAGACUUGGCCCAGCUCGAGAAACAAAAGCUCCUCACCGCAAUUAACCCUAGUCCUAACAACCUCAUCUCAGUCAUGCUCCAAGAUGGAGCCCUUUCCGAUGACCAGAUCGUGGGUCACAUCCUUAUCUUCUUGGUCGGAGCCUCGGCCACCACCUCGGCUGCUUUCCAGUGGAUGCUUCUCGAGCUAUGCAGAUUCCCUGCCGUCCAGUCACGGCUACGAGAGGAACUUCAAUCGUACGGGCACGUGCUGUCAAUCACUGGCAGUUCCAUCUCCGCCAUGGAAAGCUUGCCAUAUCUACGAGCAGUAGUGGAUGAAUUGCUCCGUUUGCAUCCCACGGUUGUGAUGACGGAGCAUGAGGCGACCAAAGACACCACGAUCAUGGAUACUCCAGUUCCCAAGGGCACGCUGCUAUUGUGUCCCCCGCUGGCAACGAAUUUGAAUCCUCAGAUUUGGGGUGAGGAUGCGUCGGAAUUUAACCCCGGCCGUUGGCUGCCUGAGGGAACAGGGGGCCAGAACGCGCGGAUGCAGCAUCCAUGUGCGAAUAUGACAUUCUCUCACGGUCCACGAAGCUGUCCGGGUCGGUCUAUUGCCAGACUGAUGCUGACAUGCCUCACUGCCGCAUUUAUCAGACAUUACCAAGUUUCGCUUGAUGAUCCAGAGCAAGCAUAUGUGCCGACCGAAGCUGUUUAUGCAAAGCCAAUGCCUGAUAUAGCCGUACGAUUGGUAAAGGUUACUUAG